AUGUCACAACAUCAAGAUACAUCUUCUUCUAAAAAUACUAAGUCUACUCCAAAGGUUAGUGCUCCUCCCAUGGGCAUCCCUGAUGAUGAGAUUCUGGAUGUUGCUCCUCUCUCUAUUACUCUCGGCACGGACAUUGAUUUGAACCAACCAAUCUCCAUUGAUGCCUCAGCUUCUGCAUGCUCCAAUCAAGCUAACCCCUCUUGUAUUCCUUCUGGUUCAACUCCUGCCACUAACUCUAAGGAAGAUACACACUACACUGGUCGUGUUAUAAGAGACCUAGUCACUAGAAUUCUUAAUGAAGGCCACUCUGUGAAGGGAGUUUCUACUCCCCUUUCUCAAAUGUACCCCUCUCCUGAGGUUGAACAACAUAGUAAUAAGGAUGACGAUUCCUCCAGUUCUAAAAAGGAUUUGGCUGCUGAAGGAUUAUGCUCUCUAGGGAAAACCGUGUCUGAAAAAGGGAAAUUUGUGGCCUCCAAAACUGCCAAUGCUUCCCACUUUGAGAAGCAUGAUGAUGCAAAUGUUGUGAUUGAUCUAGAGGAUGGUAGCUCUGAUGAUCAAGAGGAAAGCUUACUUCAUCACAUAGAGCCAAGUGUGGCUAAACGCAUGAAGACUCGCAAAGGAAAACCUGUGGCUGAACUUAUGUCAGCUAGAAGAGCUAAGAAGACUGCUGGUAUUGGUCCCUCCAAACCAUGGAGCAAGGUUGAAGUAAAGAAGAGGAAGGUCAUAGAUGAUUCUGAGCCUGAAGAGGAUGUUGAGGAAUAUGUCCCUGACAUCUCUCCUAUGAAGAAAACCACUAUUAGGAAGUCUCCUGAGAAGGGUAGCUGUGGAAGGGAGUUGGGAAAAGAUGUUGUUUAUGUCAAGGAGGUCAUGGACCUGAUAAAAGUUGUUGGGCUAUUGAAGACUAUUGCUGGGUUCUCUCAAUGCUACGAAGGUUUAGUCAAGGAAUUUAUUGUCAACAUUCCUGAGGAUAUUUCUGAUAAGAACAGCAAGGAAUUCUGCAAGGUGUAUGUGAGGGGCAGAGAUAAUGAGGGUGCAGGAGAACUAGAAGUUACAAACAAUCAGGUCUGUAGGGAGAUUACAGCUAGGCAGGUGAAAGUUUGGCUUGUUAAAAAGCAUCUUCCUACUGGGAAGUUGACUGUCAAGUAUGUUAUCCUGCAUAAAAUAGGAGCUGCUAAUUGGGUCCCUACCAACCAUAUCUCCACCAUUGCUAAUACGCUUGGGAGGUUUAUUUUUGCUGUUGGAACAAAAGUGAAAUUUGACUAUGGUAGAUUUAUGUUUGAACAAAUCAUCAAGCAUGCAACUACUAAUGCAGUUAAGCUGCCAAUUGCUUUUCCCUCUAUGAUCUGUGGUAUUAUCUUGAAUCAACAUCCUGGUAUUCUAUGCUCUAAUGACUUACCUAGUAGAAGAAAACCUGUUAUAUCUGUGCACUACAAACUGUUUGAAGGAAGUCAUAUCGAGGAUAUUGUCCUGACAUUUGCCAUGAAAAGGCCAACCUCAAAAGUUGGAACAAUUGUUGAGCUUAAGGAGACACAGAAAGAUCUAGGUGAAAGGAUAAGGGUAGCCACAUCUAGAAAACAAUCGUUAGAAGCCUUGAUUGCAAGCUUGGAGCAGGCUGAGGGUGAAAAUAUUGAACAUGCUAAUGUUAGCCAUGAAGAUGAAACUGAAGCCCACACCUCUAGUGAGAGGUCUGCUAACAAUGAUGACACAAGUGACAACUUUUUUCCUGGUGCUGAUGAAGCUGCAAGCUCAAGCUCUACUGAGUAG